GGUCACAUACUAAGUCCGUUGGAGUCAUCUAUUCGAAUGACACAUUAUCCAAGUCUGCCUUUCAGUCAUCCAUGUACCUUCCAUACGGUAAUUGUUAUUUUUGUGGUUGCUAUUAGUGUUGUUGUUGUUGGUAUUUUAAUUUUUUAUUACUACUAUUAUUGUUUGUUGUUUCUUAAGGUUUCAUUAUGUGUACAGAUCCACUUUAUACAUAUAUUUACUGCAUUUUAUUUUUAGCUUAUGGAAAUGUCAAGAUUGGAUGGAGAAUUGGGUAGACCUGCGCUUGUGUGUAUUUGUAGUGAACGUCAGUGGCUUCUUUGGAGGUAUUGUAGAUGCCUUGCUUUUAUGUCUUAGCCAUUUUGGAAAUUUAUAUCUCCCCAAACAUUGUCUUUGUUAAUUAAAACUGGCUGUAAGACUGAGGUCUAUUUGUACUUAUUUAAAUAGCUGUGGUUGUUGAUUGUGUGAAUAGAUUUCAGUAAUGGAUCACAACCAGAUCAGAGUACAAGUCUGAUGACAAUGAAUGUAGAAAAUAUGUCCAAUGUGCUUCUAUGCAUAAAUUUUGAUCUUUCAGGCCCAUUUUUGAGAACAGUGAGAUUGCUAAGCUGGUGAAUGAAAACUUUAUAUUUUGGGUCCAACCGUCAGAUCAUGGAGCUGAAGGAAAGGAAGGUAUAUUUUCCUCCUCAAAUAAUCGCCGUCCCUUGAAUGAUCGUGCACUUUUGGUGCAAAAAAAGAGCCCCUGGCUAAUUAUUGAAGGAUAUACAGUAUAAAUUAAGAUAUUUAUGGGUAACAUGUAUCACGAAAAAUUUAUUAAUAGAUGAUAGCACCUCUGUGCAUACGUAUUCAGAUCAAUUAAGUCAUUUCAGUGAAUGAUGGAAAAAAUCAAUGGUCAGUAGAAAUUUUGCAAUAAGAUGCAUGCUUCUCUUUCAUCAGGAUUAGCUGCCAUAAAUCAGCCCAACAAUAAUACUGGGAUUGUAGCUAUCGUAUGCUCAAGAGCAGUUGGUGAAAUUAAAGUCUUGCUAAAGGUUACAGGUAAUAACUUCACAAGUCAUUUAUUACAGUAUGUUACCAAAUGAAAUGUAGGAUGUUUUAUUUAAAACAUAGUAGAAGAGACUGCUUGUGAAGGCCAGCAAGCAUCAAAGUUGAAAUUGAUGCAAUGCCGUGGUUGAUGUUGCAAGCUCCCUCACUAUGCCUGAUCCCAUGAUUUUUGUUCACAAAUUGCGACUGAAUAAAGUAAUGGGAUGUUUCUAUUACAAAAUCAGUACAAAAGUAUAGUACAGUAUUGCUAUUGUGCACAGUAGGUCCAGAAACAAACACUUGACAUGCAGAACCCUGUGGCCAGUAGAGCCUGGAAGUGUUGAUUCAUGUCUAUCCAGUAUGGAACAUUUGUAUUCAUAUCUCACGGCAUGUCUUACAGUGACGCUUACAAGCUCCAUUACACAAGCAAAUGAAUGUGACUACUUUCUUAAUCUAACUUGUGUACAUUGUGCUGUGCAGAAUAAAACCUUAAUGACUUAAUACAAAAAUAAUCAAGACAUGGAUUUUAUUUUGUGUCACCAUACACACCUUAGUCCAAAACAAAAUUCCAAUAAUACUUGCAGGUUCAAUUACAAAAACGUACAGAUAUGAAUAACAUUUUUAUAUUACUCUUCCCCUAAUGAAUUUUGAAAUUGAAACAUAAUUAUAGUGUUUUCUCUUAAGGUCCACAGAGUGUUGCUGAAUUGAAAAGAAUCCUCAAUGAAGCAUUAAGAAAAUUUAAAGAGCAGAGAAAUGAAUUGUAAGUAAUUAUUAUGGACACAGAAAAACAUACUUAUUAAAAACAUAGUUAUUAUAACAUGAUUAUUAUGUUUAUACUUCAUUAGGAUGGCAUUACAAAGAGAGAGAGAAUUAAAAAGGCAGCAAGAUCUUGAGUACGAGGCUUCUCAGAAAGCUGACAUGGAGAAGGUACAUAGAAAACAAUAUAGAAAAAGAAAGAGAAUGACUUUUUAAAGUCUUCAGCCCCAAAUUUAAUUAGGUAAUUUAAAAUAAAUGUUAAUUGUGUAAUAGGAACAAAGGAAGAGAAAUUCCAAGGCAUGUCAGUGCGGCCAAGAACCCAAAGAGGUACAUUAAAUUAGUUACAUAACUCCAAGCUUAUAAUUAAUUUAUAAAUUAGUCACAUGACUCUGUACAAGACAGAUCUGCAUUCUAAUAACUAAUUAAUUAAUUUAAUAAAAAAAAAAUCUCUUUUGUCUGAUAUUGUUGUCCAAGGAGAGACACCAAAUCAACAAAAUAGUCAAAUAAUAGGCAUUAUUCAAAUUACUUAAAACUGAUCGUGUACUUUGGGCUAAAAGAAUAAGAUGGAAAAAUACUCACUUUGGCUACCAGCUGGAUAAUUGUUGUUUCAACAGACUAUGUUUACAGACUGUCAUAAUAAAGGCUGUUGAAGGGUUCCGCUUAUAAGUCGACUGUUAGCUUCAUUGCUCUAGGGGUGUGUUCCUGAUGAAGUGAUGAAUCCUUGCCCAGAGUCGAUUCUGAGUUUGAUCAUUUGAUCUACCGUGCUCUGAGUGAUCUGGGAUCACUGAUCCUGAUGUGGAUCAUCUUAAUCAAAGGAAUGCACCCUAGUUGUAUUCCUUACUGAAAUAAUUAAUGUGCUUUAAAUUAUAAGUAUCAAUAACACUAUUCAAUUUUUAUUUGUAAUAGGUCCCAGUCGAAGAAGAAAAGACAGAUGAACCACCCCCAAAGAGGUUGAAGUCAAGUGAAUUCAAGCGUCUCAUUGUUGUUUUACCGGAUGGGAAACGACAUCAGAUGGAUGUAGCAUCGAAUAGCACAUUAAUGGUAAGUAAAGAAGCAGAGGUAACCAAGAUUUUCAUACUUUCUCUUGUUUGUGUACAUAAAAAAGUAUGCACCUUACCUUUCCUUAUUAACAAGAUGUUUAAUCCAGGUAAAUUAGGAAUUGUCUGAACCCUUCUUGAGCUAUUUUUCAAAAACCCAUAAUAAAAAAAUGUAAAAAAUUAAAAUUAUACUAUUAAAAAUUCAAAAUUUAAAUUUCUGCUAAAAUAUAUUACUAAUGAAUUAUACUCCUUUUUCCAUCAUAGGAACUUUAUGAACAAGUAAACAAUCUACUGCCUGAGGGAUCUGAACCUAUCAUUUUAUCUUAUCAGCUGGAAGGAGGACUUUGGAGAAAGUUGCCCAAGCAUACCAUGACAGUCGACGAAUUUGGUGUGGUAGAAAAUGUGAUUUUGAGAGCGAGUAACUCAUAUGAAAGCGAUACAGCAUCUUGA